AUGAGCGAACUGGAAAGUAGCAUUAAGCAAGCUAAAGAAGCUCUGGCUGAAAAUAAUGCUAAAAAAGCACUCAAAAUAUUGAAACCGUUUAAAAGUUCAUUAAGAAAAACAAAUGCAGACAAUGUGAUACUAAAUGAAGUAUUUGCAGAUGCCUACCUAGACAAUGGCCAAGUAGAAAAAGCCUAUCCCUUUUUAGAGCGAGCAUGCGAAUUAGAUCCAGAGGGACAAGUUGGUGGACCAAAUAAAUUCUUCACCAUGGGCCAAAUUAUAGGUGGUCAAGAUGGUGUGUCAAUAAUAACUCGCGGAAUAAUGAACAUCUCCAGUACUGCUGGUGAUAAUUUAACGAACGACCAAGUCGAAAAAAUUGUCGGUGGGCUGCUUUCCAUGAUUGAAAUUUGGAUGACAGAUUUAUGUAUGGAACCAAAUGCAGAAGAACAGUGUGAGGAGUUGAUACAGAGGGCUAUGGAGCUCACAGAAGGGAAGUCUCCCGAAUCGUGGUCUACUUUGGGCUCAAUUCGAAUCUCUCAACAAAAAUUUGGUGAAGCCUAUGAAGCAUUUUCCCAAGCUUGGAAUUUCUUUGAUUUGAAGAAGCAAGAAAUUGGUAACGAUAUAACUGAUAACAAUGACGUAACUCAGAUGACUGGUUUGCAGUCAGAAUAUGUGGAUCUCUUACAGCCCCUUUUAUCUUUAGUGAAGAUGUGCCUUGAAGUAGGUGCAUAUGAGGUCGCUCUAAAAGUUGUUGCUGCAGUAAGAGAUAUCGACGAAGAUAACAUAGAAGGACACUAUUUAGAGGGGUUCACUUACUAUCUGAUGAGUAAAUUCGAAACUUUCAAAUUGAACAAUCCUGAAGUAAAGCUGCAUCCGGAAAAUAUAUACGAGUUUAACCAGGUCAUCCAGGAAGUUCCACUAGAUUUGUCACAUGAACUAAUUACUCAAUUUAUCUAUGAUUCCCGUUUAGCACUAAGUUUUGCAUUACAAAUGUGUACAAACGUUGAUAGCAAGGACGAAGUUGUACAAGAAUUAUUGGGUGGUGCAAAUGCUUUACUCCAAGAAAUUGGAGGUCCGGUGGAUGCAAAAGAAAUAUUGCGAGCCAAGAAAGGAGAAACAGUAAACGAGAACGAAGAUUUUGAGGAGUUGGAUUUAGAGGAAGAGUUUUCUGACUAG